GCUGGGGAGAGGAAAACCUGCAUAACAACGAAAGAAAUUCAGGACUUAAAAGAAAUGAGUCAAACAUCCCUGAAACAGAAAAAGAAGGUUUCUAAUGCUCCUGAGAUUAAUUAAUAAACAUUCUUUGUUUCCAUAUUAAGAAUGAGACUGGAUCGAGGAACUCAAAAGACAGCUUAGACACAGAGAAAAGAAAGGAUUCUGAGAAAUCAGGAGUUCGUCUGAGCACUCAGAUGAGGCGUGCAGUCAAUCCGAAUCACUUGCUGAGAUGUUGCCCCAUGCGAGGUCACUCGUCGUGUAGACGCUGCCUUUGUGCAGCUGAGGGAACAGUACCUCUUGGCCCCUGCCGCACAAUACGUAUUUAUAUUCACAUGUGCCUGUUGUGGGAGCAGGGCCGGCAGAUCACCAUGAUCAGGGGAUCACAGGAAUUAUCAUUGCCAAAGACUGAUUCCCGGGGGUACGUUGUGCGAAAUCAGUGGUCCCGAACUUCACGGAGCCCAUCCACCAGAGUUCCAUCAGUAGACGAACCCAGAAGCAAGAACACCAGUCUAAAGCUCCCCAGUAGCUCCACAACCUCCCGGACUUCAUCCACCUCCCCCAGCCAGCAAGAGUCCCUGAAGCAGCUGUCAGAGGAGCCCUCGCCGCCCACACCACCUUUGCCUUCCACUCCACCUAUGCCUCUGGACUCACAUCCUCCCACCCCGCCGGAGCCCUUUAGCUCCUCCAGGCGCAGCACCAAGAUGCACGAGAAUCCUGAAGCCUGGGCACACGGCAUCGUGCGGGAAAUCCGGGACUCCCGGGACUCCCGGGACUCCAUGCCGCAGAGAGAUUACCCGCGCACACCCCCCACCGAAUGGAAGGCCUAUACCCAGCGCAGAUCAACCUACUCUUCCCAGCUAGAUCAGGACUGUCUGUCAGAACUGCCCCGGCAGCAUCACCAACGAGAGGAAGAGGAGGACGAGGACGAAGCCUAUUGGGCCUCGGUGAAAACUCUGUAUGAGAAGAUCCCCAGCUGCUCCCGCCCCAGACCGCCCAAACCCAAGAAUGCCAUCACCAUCGCUGUGUCAUCCCGGGCGCUUUUCAACAUGGUGGACGGGAGGAAAAUCUAUGAGGAGGAGGGUCUAGAAAAGUACAUGGAAUAUCAACUCAACAACGAAAAUGUCAUCCUGACCCCAGGACCCGCCUUCCGCUUUGUUAAGGCACUGCAGCAUGUCAAUGCUAGACUCCGUGAGCUGUAUCCUAGUGAACAGGACUUAUUUGAUAUUGUACUGAUGACUAAUAACCAUGCCCAAGUGGGAGUGCGGCUUAUAAACAGCGUCAAUCACUAUGGCUUAUUAAUUGACCGCUUCUGUCUGACUGGUGGAAAAAGCCCCAUUGGCUAUUUGAAGGCAUAUCUUACCAACUUGUAUCUUUCUGCAGAUUCUGAAAAAGUACAAGAAGCAAUACAAGAAGGCAUCGCCUCUGCAACAAUGUUUGAUGGAGCCAAAGACAUGGCUUACUGUGACACACAGCUCCGUGUGGCCUUUGAUGGGGAUGCCGUACUCUUCUCUGAUGAAUCUGAACAUAUUGCCAAGGAGCACGGGCUGGACAAAUUCUUUCAACAUGAAACACUAUUUGAGAAUAAGCCUCUUGCUCAGGGUCCCUUAAAAGGCUUUCUGGAAGAUUUAGGCAGACUGCAAAAGAAGUUUUAUGCCAAAGACGAACGGUUACUUUGCCCUAUCAGGACCUACCUGGUUACAGCCAGGAGUGCAGCCAGUUCAGGCGCCCGAGUGCUGAAAACCCUUCGCCGCUGGGGUCUAGAGAUAGACGAAGCUCUUUUCCUUGCUGGAGCCCCCAAAGGUCCUAUUUUGGUGAAGAUAAGGCCACACAUUUUCUUUGAUGACCACAUGUUCCACAUUGAAGGGGCACAGAAGUUUGGCACCAUCACAGCUCAUGUACCUUAUGGCAUUAAUCAAAAAAUGAACAAUUAGGGAUGGGGAGGAGAAAUAAAGCAGUAAGUCCGGUAUUACAGAAGCCACUUCUUGUGGAUCUCUAGGGUAAUUAGAUAGGUACUUCAGAAGAUUGGACCAAAACUUA